UUUAAUCAUAACUCCCCUAUCUCUCUCUUAGCCGAAAGUAUGUUCUUCUUCUUCCUCUCUUCUUCUCCUCCUCCUUCACUUCUUUAGAAAAACCCAGACACUUAUGGUUUGACACUUACAGUGAUCUGAAUUUAUGUUGAAUUUUGGUGUGUAUCGUUAUGCAUAGCAGCUUAUAGUCAAUUGAUGGUUGAAUUUGACAGGUGAAAAUCUGUUUACUGUCCGAAUUCAUCAUGGGGGUAGAUUUUAUAGCAAUGGUGGAGUUAAUAGGCAGUACAGGGGAGGUGAGGUCGUAUAUGCGGACGGUGUUGACCCCAAUAAAGUCAGUGUUACGGGUUUCAACUACUGGGCUAACGAUCUUGGGUAUCAGAUGGGUCCAAUUAUGUAUUGGUAUAGGAUCCCAGGAAGUGAGGCUGGCACUGGGUACCUACCCGUAGUGACUGAGAAUGAUGCUAUGGAUAUGCUCCAAUUUGUUCCAUCAAGAGAUAGGGUUUUGGAUGUCUACAUUGUGUGUCUUUCUCCAAGAAUGCUGUUUGUUUAUGAUUGGGAGAUAGAUGCAAUGGAUGAAGAAGUCGAUCACUCGCUAUACUUUGGGCAUUUCAUUGAUGAUCUCCCUUUGUCUUCACUUGAAGCAGAGGACCUGGACCCAGUUGGAAACAGGGCUGAUGGUGAUGCAGAGAGUGAUGAAGGCCAAAGGCUGGGCGAAGUAGUUGGAAGAAGUGGGACAACCAAUACCCAAACUCCUCCAAGCAACACAGAUAAUGGCCCAAGCAAUACAUAUCAUGGGCCACCUAGGCAACAAAGAAGGCAGCCAACAAGGAGAAGACCUACUGCUGGGAUUAACAUUAAGGAGCCUACUGACACUCAAGGUUCUAGACCUUAUGUUCAAGCUUCUCAGUCUACCAAGGAUAAAGGGAAGCAGAAAGUUGAUUGUGGGCUAAGCAAUACAGGAAAGAAAAAAGCUGGAAGACCCAGAGGCAAGCAAGGAUGUUCAUAUGCUGAGAGCUCAGACUCAGAUGAUCCCAACUGGGAGGAUUUUGUCGACAGUGAUUAUGAACUGUUUGAUGAGGAUGAUGAAUUGCAAUUUCAAGAAAAUGUUGAUGGUGUUCCAAGUAAGGAGGAUGAGUUUGUUGAGAUGGGCUCUGAUGGUGACAUAAGUGAUGUAGCUUCAGAUGGAUCUGAUGGAUUUCCAAGCUAUCAUGGUUCUGACACUGAUGGUGAGGAUAUUGGGCCUUUCAAGGUGAAGGGUAAGAAGAGGUUUGCAGAGUGGGAGGAGUUUAACCCAAAGACUGACAUGAAGAAUCCAAAAUUCAAGCUUGGAAUGGUGUUCGCAGACUCUGUUGUGUUUAAGAAGGCAGUUAGGAAACAUGCUGUGUUGACAAGGAAAGAGCUUCGAUUUGUAAGAAAUGAAAGGCAUAAGGUCAAGGUCAUCUGCAAAACCUCAGCUGGCUGUCCAUUUUGGCUUUUUGCUAGCAGUCCAGGCAGUGACACAUCCUCCUUGAUGAUCAAAGUUUACAGGCCAGAGCACAAGUGUAGUUCUAUUGAGGGGAGAGUGUAUCACUGCCAUGCACCCUUCAUUGCAGAUGAAUACAUGGAUAAAUUCAUUGUGGACUCAAACUGGUCAAGAGAGGGCAUCCAGAACGCAGUCAAUCGGGAUUUCGGCAUGGACAUUGGUUAUCAGAUGUGCUAUAGGGCUAAGAACAGGGCUGCAAGGAUGGGUCAAGGUUCCAUUGAAGAUCAGUAUAACCUACUUGAGAGUUAUGCACACGAGCUGAAAAAGAGAAAUCUUGGGACUUCUAUAUGGAUGCAGACAGAGAUCGAUGGUGAGAUUACAAGGUUCAAGAGAAUUUAUAUAUGUUUUGAAGCAUUGAAGCAAGGAUGGAGGGCUGGGUGUAGACCCAUAAUAGGGCUUGACGGGUGUCAUCUAAAAGGGGCAUACAAGGGCCAAUUGUUAUCUGCUGUUGGCAUUGAUGGCAACAAUGCCAUGUACCCUAUAGCCUAUGCCAUUGUGGAGCAGGAAACAAGGGAUUCCUGGACAUGGUUCCUUACAUUUCUAAGAGAGGACUUACACAUGUAUUCAUCAAUGCACUAUUCGUUUAUUUCAGACAAGCAAAAAGGCUUAGAGCAAGCGAUCAGGGAUUUGUUCCCCCAUUCAGAGCACAGGCAUUGUGUAAGACAUUUACACAACAAUUUUAAGGGAGAUGGUCAUAUUGGUUUGGCAUUGAAGCAGCUUCUGUGGGCUGUGGCCAGGUCAAAUACUAUGAGUCAGUUUAACAAGGCAAUGGAAAACCUUCAAAAUGCAUCAUUCAAUGCAUGGAAGUGGUGUAUUGAUAGGCCAGCAGUACAUUGGUCAAGGUCACAUUUCAAGGACCAAAUCAAGUGUGACAUUCUUCUGAACAACCACUGCGAGUCCUUCAACAAAAGUGUGCUUCAGGCAAGGAAAAAGCCAAUACUGCCUUCUUUGAAAGAUAUAAGGAUUUCAUUGAUGACGAGAUUAAAUAAUAGAAGGAACUCUGCAAGAAGAUGGAGAUGCAAAGUGGGACCUCGAGUUGAGAAGAUAAUGAAGAAAAAUGCAAGAUGGAGUCAUGAAUACAGAGCACUUGAGUCAAGUGAGAAUCGAUUUGAAAUACAAGGAAGAGGUGUGGCCUGUGAAAGUGGAGUUGUUGGUCAGCAUUGUGUGCAGCUAGAUGCAAGGUCUUGUACAUGCAGAAGAUGGGAUCUAUCUGGUCUCCCUUGUGCCCAUGCAAUUGCUGCUAUAUAUAGCAAAGGAUGGAGCCCUGAUGAGUUUGUUGCUGAAUGGUAUACACAACAGAAAUAUCUUGAGGCAUAUGAGGUGGUUUUAAAUCCCAUAGCUGGUGUUGCUGAAUGGGAAAGGAUAGAGAGGCCAGUUGCACCUCCACUGUAUAGGAGGCAACCGGGAAGGCCAAAAACCAAGAGGACCAAAGAACCAGGUGAGGAACCACCACUUGCUGGGACUGAAGUGCUGCCGAAGAGCUACUAUUCUCAAAUUAAGUGUGGAAGAUGUGGGAAUAGAGGGCACAACAAGAGGACUUGUUUAAGAAGAAGCCAGGUUGUGAACCAAGAAGCUGACCCUGAAAUUGCAGAGGAUAAUGUUUCUGAGGAAGUUGCAGUUCCUAAUGUUCAACCACAGAUGGCUGAAGAAAACCCACCUCAACUCAACAUUCCAGAAAAUACAGAACUGCCAGAUGAAGGAUCAAAUUAUGAUAAUGCAGAGCAUGUGUUUUCUCAAGCAUCAUCAGUUCUGCAAAGCAUGGUGAAUGACAAUCAGAAUGUCAAUCUCAAUAUGAAUGUGAAUGUGACUGUUGAGCAAGGAGGUGAUGAUGGGAAUACUCUGCUUCCUAAAAAAAAUGGCAAUGUGGUGCCGCCAGCUGCACAGACUGAACCAAGGAAUGAGAGAUCAACAGCCAUGCCUGGUAGCUCGGGAAAGAGAUUCAGGAGGAUUGCAGGGAGAAGGACACCUAGGAAAUCACCCAGACUUGCUUCAAAAUCUGUUUCUGCAUCUGCAUUGACAGUUGUUCCGGGUUCAAAACCCAAACUCCAAAGGGCCUUGUGGAAGCCCUAAAUGUAUCUUCUUAGGAACCAAGUUAUGGUAUAAUUGCCAGCUUAUACCCCCUGUUAUUGUGGCAUUUGUUAUCCUAUGUUAUGUUACAAAUGCCAUUGGGUUUUAUAGAGCUUUUGUGUAACAGGGGGUUUUUGGUUUGAACAAUUUGGCUGCCAUAAUGGUAAUGAUGUAGUUUGAACCAAUGUUAUGUAUCUUAAUUAAGUACUUUG